CCCCCCAUCUCCACCGCGCCCAACACCAUCUCCGCUACCAUCCCCACCUCCACCUUCUACACCAUCUUCUCCACCUCCAUUUCCACCACCAAACCUCAACCCCCAUCUCCACUCCAAUCCAUCUCCCUGAUCUCUGGAGUCAAUUCUUGGCCCUUGUAACCCACCCCUCGCUCCAGUCCUACUCCCGCCCACUUCAACCCCCUCGAGAGAGUGCUACCCUCCCGAUAUUAGUUGGGCCUUUUUCCUCCUUGGGUGAACGGAGCUGAGACCAAACCCUCUCCUUGCCACCCUCCAGCUAAAGAUCCUUCUCCAACCACCUACCGAUGAUUGAAGAGCGUGGCUUCUGACCUCGGAGCAAGAAAAUGCAACGUCUUAAGUCGCACCUUCUGGAGGGAGAGUUAACAAGGCGGCUGGAGGCAGAGCGACGAGAAUCCAAGCGCGCCGAGACCAGACUGCGGAAUGGGCUGCAUGACUUGGAGGAGGCAAGGUUCUCUUGUAUCAACCGAAUGAUGAAGGAACAGAGGCGCAUCCAGAGGGACCUGCUCAGGAUUAAGAAUGGCUACUCCAAGAAGAAGGCAGCAAACAAUUAUCGAAGGCUAUGCCCAGACCCCAACAAUCCAUCCAGAGAAACGCUCGGGUCCAACAACAAACUUUUACCCAUCAGACUAACGGCAAAAGAUGGGAGUCUCAUCUUGGCAUCGGAAGGAAUCAGGGGGAAGAAGGAGUCGGUGAAAAUGAGCAGGGUGGUGGUGCCGGCCAGUGUCUCCCGUGCUCUACAGAGCCGGAUCAAUGACUUCCUCGGUGGGUUCGGCAGCCGGCAGGAGAAGGUGGAGGAGCCGGCGGGAGCAGGGGCGGAGGUGGAAGAGGUGCAAGCCCAGCCAAAAGCAGACACAGCACCAACCGGCAACGCCAACACGGCCGGCUCCCUGGUCAAGAUCUCCCCCGGGAGGGGGAACCAAGCGGCAUUGGAAUCGGGGAACGGUGGGUCGGGCCACGGCGAUGCUGCCUGUUGCCAUCCCAACCCAAGCCAAGCCAAGACCAGGCCACCCAACGGCAGCCUGCAGCCCCUCCCCACCCUGGAGAACGCCCCCGACGAGGGUGACUUCUACGCACCGGACGGGCUGCCCAGAACCGUGCACACCAUGCCCAGCUUCCAGGAGGCCUUUGCUCAGGCGAGGAAAGCUCGCUACAUCAGGCACCGCACCAAGACCGAGGAGGAGAAGGAACUGUCCAUCAGUGAGAUCUUCGGAAGGUGCCCUGGACCCAGGCAGGACGGAGGGGCUGUCAAGGACAAGAACUCCACGGGAACAAAUUGAGACUAAAAAAAAAAGAAAAAUUCCAGGAUCUCACUGAACGAAAAAAAUUAAAGUAACUACUUCCUGGAAGUGUCAACUCGACCUUGGGUAAUAUUUUAUUUUACAGCCGCGGGACAGGCCCCUCGGCCCAUCGAGUCCAUGCCGACCAGCGAUCACCCCUUCACACUCGUUCUAUUCUGUACACUAGUUCCAUCCCACAUACUAGUUCUAUCUUGCACACUAGGGGCAGUUUACAGAGGGCCAGUUAACCUACAAAUCUGCAUGUCGUUGGAGACCGGUGCACCCAGAGGAAACCCACACAGGGAGAACAUGCAAACUCCGUACAGACAGCACCUGUGGUCAGGAUUGAACCCGGGUCUCUGGCGCUGUGAGGCAGCAACUCUACCGCUGUGCCACCGCGCUGCCCCAAUUUGCUCCACGUGAGCUGGGUUCUACUUCCAGCGGUUGUGCCAGAGAAAUGCCCCUCUACAUCCGUCUGCUAUUGACCCCACCAGAGUCUGCCAGGUUAGACCAAAGCCAUUCACCUUGUGGCAGGCACACUUCAUGCUGACCCCUUAUCUAUUCCACCGAAUGGAAAAGAGACCCAUUGCUGACUUCUCAACUGGGGCAGAUCUCAAAUGGGGCACCUUGGUCAGCAUGGGCAGAUUGGGCCGUAGGGCCUGUUUCCGUGCUGCAUUACUCUCUGGCUCUAGAACUCCAGAAUCCAUCAAUCCGACUGUGACUAAAUCAGAAACAUGACAAAAGAUACAACUAAAGGUAGACACAAAAAGCUGGAAUAACUCGGACUGAAGAAGGGUCUCGACCUGAAACUUCUCUCCAGAGAUGCUGCCUGUCCUGCUGAGUUACUCCAGCUUUUUGUGUCUAUCUUCGGUUUAAACGAACUUCCUACACAUUUCGAAAGAUACAACUAGUUUAGUUUAGUUUAAUUUUGUUUAUUGUUACGUGUACCAAGGUACAGUGAAAAGAUCCAGUCAGCAGAAAGACUGUACAUGAUUACAAUCCAGCUGUCCGCAGUGUACAGUUACAGGCAAAAGGGAAUGACGUUUAAUGCAACACAAAGUCCAGUGAAGUCUGAGUAAAGGGUCUCCAAUCAGGUAGAUAGUAGCUCAGGACCACUCACUAGUUGUUGAUAGGAUGGUUCAGUCAUCCCUUCUACACUAGACCCACGUGCCUGAGUUUGGUCCAUAUCCCUCCAAACCUUUCCAAUCCAUGUACCUGUCGAAUUGUCUUUUAAACAUUGCGAUAGUCCCUACUUCAACUACCUCCACUGGCAGCUUGUUCCAUAGACCCACCACCCUUUGUGUGAAAAAGUUGCCCCUCAGGUUCUCUAUAAGAUCACCCCCUCAUCGCUCCAAGGAAUAGAGUUCCAGCCUGCUCAGCCUCUCCCUAUAUCUCAGACCCUCUAGUCCUGGCAACAUCCUUGUAAAUCUUUUCUGUACACUUUUCUUUAACAUGGUGCCCAGAACUGAACACAAUACUCUAAAUGUGACCUUACCUACAUCUUCCAUAACUGCAACAUGAUCUCCCAACUUCAGUCUGAAGAAGGGUCUCGACCUAGAAUGUCGCCCAUUCCUUCUCUCCAGAGAUGCUACCUGACCCGUUCAGUUACUCUAGUAUUUUGAGCGAAUGUGUUCAGUGAAACGAUCGCCCAGUCUACGUUUGGUCUCGCCGAUGUAUAAGAGUCCACAACCUCUGCCUAACCUGAAAGGACUGUCGGGGUCCCUGGACAGAGUAGAGGGAGGAGGUAUAGCGACAGGUGUUGCAUCUUCUGAGGAUGCAGGAG